UGUUUAGAGGUGCUGUGUCCAAAAUAAUGCACAAAUAGAACGCAAAAGGCUAAGGCAGAACAAAUAAAAUAUUUGAAAUGGCUACGCUUGUAAAGCCAAAAAAGGAGAAGACAAAAAAACAACGUAGCGACAGGCAGAUUCCAAAAGAGGAAGAGGAGGAACCUGCUAAGUUAUCAACAAGUAACGAUGAACAAAGGGAGGAAGAGCAGGAAAAUGUAUCGCUGCUGGAGGAAUUGGAACGGGUGGCCGCUUUGGCUGGCAGCAGCAGUGACGCGAAUAUAGUUAGCCACGACUGUUGCAUCUCCAGCGAUGUAAGGGAGCUACCGGAGGAAAGUGCCGCAGAGGAGAAAACAAUAGUUGUAACUCAAACGGAAGCCGAACCAAGUGCCCCACCCUCGACCACCAACGUCGUUCCCCACGUUGUGCAGUAUCCUAAUCUACUACCGAUGCAUGUAUCCAAUGCCCAAGUAGAGGAGCAGAGUGCAAAGAUUGUAUACCGGCAAGCCGAAACUCAAGCCUCGGGUUUUGCCUUGGCCAGAAGCAAUGUAAAGCCCCUUUCCGAUGAGCAACUGCGUCAAAUCUACAACUGCCCCGAUCUGGAUUUGGCGAAGCAGUUCGAGCUGGAGUUCCUUAUGAACUCGCUAUUAGAGUCUAGCGAGGCGGAUCCCUUGUACGCUGCCCUGCUGGAAUAUUACGAGCUUCAGGGAAAGAUUACAUCCAAUUUGCACGAUGUAAAGAAAUGGAGGAAAAACUGCGGAGUAUCCCAAAAACAAAUUUGGACAAAAGAAUCCGUGACUCGAAACUUUAGUGGGACUUGUGGAGAUGGAAAUGCUGUGCAAGAAAGCGUCACAUACGAAAUAAUAAAGGUUGAUCCGGUUAAGCUUGAGUUGGCCAAAACUUCACUGACUAGCCUUUACGACCUGGUCUGUCACACGUACACUAACAACCUGAUCACCGCCAAGAUAACCAAAGUAAAAGUAGACCAAAUUAUCAAGGACUUGCUAGUCUAUCCCCAUGCGGAUGCCCAGGGGGAGAUUUUCUUGAACAAUGCCCAAUCUGGAGCGGCCUUGGAGUGCGUUUCGCAGUUGCGAAGAGCCAUAUCCAUACUAUUCAGUUUCAUCAGACGACCCAGUCCAAAUGCGAAUUUUGACGCAGACCUUAAGCAGUGGCUCCGCCAACUAAUAGCUUUGCAAUUACUUCUGGCCACGAGAGAGGACCACUGGUUCUUACUCUUCAAUAUUUUGCGGUGCCCCAAUGGUGUAGGCUCUUGGGCCGCCCAGUUUUUGCAGCUGCCGGGAAUGCAAAUUGCUCCACGAAGCUCUCAGAAAAAUGACCUGCCUUUGGAUUUAAACUCCCCAGAACUAAAUCACUGCAUGGCUGUGCUUCAGAUCCUGCUGAUGCCGGUGAAGAAGAGAAACGAAUAUCUAAAGGGUCAGGCCCAAGCGCAUCGCGACCUUUCAGAGGCAACAGGUACCACCGAACGAUGGAUUGUGGUAGACUCUGACGGGGAGGACUCGCAUACACCUGCUGGUGAAUGCAUUGGCUUAAAGGAAAGCGAUCUAAUUGCUCUGCUUAACCAACUGCCGUUUGAAAAGAUUUUUAUAUCGGCCAUGCGUAUAGAAAAGUUUCUGGACGACUACAUCCUCGAACCGGACAUGAUCACUGCCCAGAGAAUGCUGGCUGUGGUGGUAUUCUUUUCGCAGUUAGUCAAGAUACUAGGAGAGGGACUGCUGACUUACAACAACGAAAGGUAUAAGCAACUAGCCAAAAGAUUGGGCCGUUUAGUGCGCCACACCCUCCAGUAUAUCUUUGACUACAACGAAUUGUUUCUAAACAACAGCCGACCCAAAUCUAACGAACUCUUCGAAAGGAUUCAAGUGGAACUGCAGGCCCUACUUAUCCGAGCUUGUGGUUAUAUUUACCGCACCCGUAAUCUGGGCACCUGGCAAUACUUCUCCACCCUACCCUUCGGCACUCUGGACACCGAGGUUGUUUGGCAUCUGUUCUACUACUUGAACGUGGGCUUCCCCGUCGAUUUAGCAAAUGAUUUGGUCGGCAAUGCCGAAGCUGCCUUUCAGUCGGACGAGUUUUGGAACAAAUUUGAUUUGGCUAACGCAGACGUGGCUCCGGACGACAUGUACUAUCUGCUGCAGACCUUCUUCGAGAUGGCCAACGAUCGGAAUCGCAGCAAAGACGCCAACUUAGUUAAAGCCAUCUGCCUUCACAUUUUUCACAUUGGCUACAUACACCGCUCGACCCGGGAGUUUUGCUAUAAGGCGGCGCGCGAUAUGUUGGUCAACUUGAUGGAUGAACAUCUGAUGGGCUGCCUGCUGGUGCAGAUAAAGAUGCGGUAUGGGGAAGUGGACCAGGCUGCUUAUCUGUUCAAGGCUCUGCCCCUAGAAAACUGGCAUCCCAACAUGGACAGCUUUGAGGUUCUUUCCAAUUGGCUUCUCCAUUUCGAUUAUCAGUCUUCGGAAAGCCACUUAGCCAGGCUUAUCAUUGGCCAUUUGAAUUGGGGUCUGGAUGUGGAGGGACGGCUCUUCCUGCCCCACAACAUUCACGUACGGAUGGCCCACCUGGUAAGCGAGGCACUUAACAAGUUUGCACCCGAAGUUAUUGGCGCCUCUGGAAUUUCUGAGAGCGUGCGCCAAGUCUCCUCGCUGAUCGACUCCACUCAGACGAGUCGGGAACAGUUUACUAGCUGGUGCUGGCGUAUGAUCUCCCUGCUGCGGCUUCAUCUUAUGGACCAAGGGGUGGAGUCUGUGAAACGAACCCUCUUGCAUCCCACGGAACCAUUGAUGUUUAUACCAGAGCUGGAGCGCAUGGAUACCAUAUUUCAGGGGGUCACCGAGAACCGGCCGCUGGCUUUGUAUGUGGGCAUGUUGGUCAGUCUGCAUGGCCAUUCUAUUCCCCUCAUCUGCCAGCAUGGAUUCAACUUGCUGCAACAGCUACUGCUGGAUCAUAGACAUGCAGCCACCAUCCGUUGCCUUGAGCUGAUAGUGCCUUUAUUUUUAGAAACUCCUGAAACGUUGGCCACUUGUGAAAGUUUUCAGAGACUUUUGUCUACCCUUCUGAAUGCCGACAGAACUUAUUUGAAACUGGCCAAGGACAUGGUAUACGCCAACUCCAUUGGUCCCAUUUUGGAGCUCCUGGACAACAUGCUUCAUCACCAGAUUGUUUCGUAUACAAGCUUUGGCCUUUGCUCACCUCUCAACCUCUUGAAUAUUUGGCUCAACUGUUUCACCACUCUGCCAGGCUGGGCUCAAAACUCGAAUUUAUUGUACCUCCUUGAUAGGAUGCUGCGCAUUUCCUACCAGUUCCCCGACUGCCGUGCGCAGGCUGUCGAGUUCUUCUACAAUUACUACAAGGACUGCACGGAUUGGAAAUCAGCUCCCAAGGGCUCUGCUCUGAAAGUCUUUUUCGGCGGCCAGGCAUCUUCUCGAAUUCCCCUGAUCUCCCCCCAGACAUGUUGGCUAAAUUUAGUGCUCCUAGAGAUUGAGUUUAGACUAGUGGACACGAGAAUUUGGCCAGAGCUGCUUCGGCAAGUUUCCGCCCAGCCUGUAGAGGCAGCUCUGAAGAAAACACUGUCCUUGGCCAAGGUGAACUCAUUUCCUGCCAGCCAACUGGUGAUCUACAAACACGCCCAGCUGCUGGCCAGCAUGGAGAGUAACCACGCCCUGUUUCCCAUCGUCUGCCAGAAGUUCUUCGAGCUCUACCUCUGGAGAGUGCCCACAGAGAACGAAUCGCUCAACUUUAGUCAGAACUUCGGUGUGUCCGAUAAGUUCUACGAACACAAUGUGCCUUUGAUGAAGAGUAUUAAGUCGCAGCUGAAGUCUGCUGAAACAUACCACUCAGCCUUGGCGACAAAAUGCGCCAACGACGAUUCCGCGGCCCACUUUCAUCGCAGCUGCGUCAAGUUGAUGCAAAGUUGUGCGCUUUGGCUGGAGGACACCCAGAUUAACCGAUUCAGCAGCGACGCAGAACAACUGCCGCCUCAAUACAAUUGUGAAAAGCUGAGGGAACUACUGGGUGGCCAUGUGGCCCACUGGACGGAGUUCCUGUGCCUGGCCACGCUGCGGAAGGAGCAGCGAAAUCAGGCGGAUGUUUGGGGCCGAAAAGUGCUUAGGCUGCCCAACCGAAAGGCACCGAGGACUCCAGUGCAACCAAAGCCACGAACCCCUCCUGCGCAGCACAUUAAAACUUUGUUGAACACUUACGAAAAGAGUGUAGCCAUACCUGGCCACGAACGAGUCGAGCCCAUCCAAACGCCCCCCAUCGAUGGAGACCUUCUGUCUCAGCUAAAGAAGCGGAUGACUACCUUCAACUCAACAGCCAACCACUAUCACUACAAGACCUCAGAGCUGAAUUCCCUGAAUUCCAACUACUUGGAGAGCGUUCCGGGCUUGUACCAGAUGGUUCCCUACGAAGAAACCCGCAGGAAGGAAUGCACUUCGCUCAUCUUUCACCGAAGCUGCACCCGUGCAGCCCAGAUUACCCUCAAGCCCGAACACAUACGUAUUAAUGAAGUUAUUUCCCGAAAGCUGAACGAGAAUCGGGAGAGACAUGAUAAGCUCGUGGAGGAGCUCCUGGGGGCCAUGAAUGUGGAUGUUUUCGCACAAGCCAUUGAGGAAUUCGGCGUCUACAUUGGAGCCAUUCUGCAGGCUCCCAUGGACGAGAGGGUUACUCAGUUGGGAGUGAAAAGCUUCUAUCAGUUGGUGGACAACCUCAACGAGGUGACGAUGAACUUUCAGCCCACGCAUGACUUGUACUUCCAGGUCCUGGAUAAGCUAGGGAUUUUCUUGCAAGCGGAUCAAGCGGCCCAGGGCUUAAGCGUGCUCCGACUGGCCCUCAAACGACCUGAUCUCCUGGAGCUUCUGGCUGGCGUUUUUGUGCCCAGCCGCACCGAUGUGGGCCACUUUCUGCCAAUGUACGAGUUUCUUGUUGAAUCCCACCUAAAGCGGUGCGACACGCAGACCCUGUUUGUGCUCUUCUCGAAGUUCGAUCUGCUUGGGUGGUUGGAGGUCUAUCAACCCAAGCUGAACGAAAUCAACCGUCUCCUUUUGUUGGUGCUGCAAGGCUUGGAGGCAUGGUCGCAGCCGGACAGCAGCCUGCUGCAAGAUCUUUUCCGCCGGCACUUAGUCCACAUCUUUGGCUACGACUUCCCCCAGCACUACGGGGAAGUCAUGCAAUUGGUAUUGGAUCGCGCCUCAGAUCAAAAGCUGAUGCCGGUGGUUCUGGUGGACUUGCUUAAUGCCUUGUUCGUGCGCUGCAACUGCCCAGAGCUGACGCUGGAGGACUCCGAGGUGAAAGUGCACGAGGUGGCCCUGGACUUUGCCCGGCGGCAGAAGAUCUUUAAUCUGAAAGCUGCCACGGACACGCUGUUGCUUUUUUCGCGGCACUUUCAAAAGGAGCGACUGCAUCACGGUCUCCAUGGAUUGUAUCCCAAGCACAAGGACUACUGUCAUCCACUGGUCAUGUGGUUCACCAGUUUUGGCCACGUUCUAUUGGCUUCGGCCAUUUGCAGCUACCAGGAAUUGCUAGCCGACCAGAUAAGCGACAUUGUCUUUGGCUCUAUUGUGGAGACGUACGGGCCAUGGCUUAUUCCGUACACGGAGCAGACUGCCACUGGAGUGGCACAUUGGAUACGACAGCUGACGCCUGGCCAGAGCAAGGUGCUCUUGCCCUGGAGCGAACAGCAGGUGGGCAGCAGCAAGCUGAUGAUUCGCUCCUUCGUGGCCACCACGUUGCAGGUGUUGCAGUUUCUGCCGUCGUCGAACAAGAUCCUGGAGCACGUGUUCGCAUGGUAUGUGCACCACUUUGCCCAGCCCAAUAUUGCGGGCUAUGUGCUGGCUCCUAUUCACGAAGGAUUGGCCCAACUUCCGUGGCAACGCUUCUUACCUCCGGCCCAGCACAUUGAGCUUCUGUAUGAGAGCCUUCAACGCUUUCUGCCAGAGUCCCAUGCCAUGCUGGGACACAUCUUCAUCCGCGUGGAUUGGAACAACUGGUUCGUUCAGAUGCCCCAGCCGGUGGCUCUGUUGUCCCAUCUCUUUGGCAUCUUUGUCAAGAUAGCCUUCGAACCAAACAUCCACAUCCAGCCAAACACAAGCAAAAUCCUGGAGGAGGCCAUUCAGUAUCCGUGGCAUUUGGUCGAGUACAGCGAACUGGAGCAAUUGCUCAAGUGGUUUGUGGCCAGUGUGGAACCGGCCAUUGUCCUCAAGCUGCCCAACGAGACCAACUAUGCCGAUCGCGCUGUGUUGGAACUUAUUCGCUUGGCAUGUGCCAUGUUGCCUGAGCGCUCCAACCAGGACGCUAUUGUGCUGGGAUCCGCUAAGCGCAUGUUAUACACCCGGUCCAUGGUCCGAUUGCAGCGAGCCGGAGGAUCCAAACAUAAGAAGCUUAUGAUGACCAAAGAUGGGGAGCGCUUCUUCACCGACGCGUUCCUGGAACUCCUCAAUAGCAUUGACCGGGCAAUACACAGUUGUAGUGAACACCGCACGCCGGAGGAGCAACGGCGGGAGGCUCUGAAUCUGAUGCUGGAGCUGGUGGCUCCCACUCAGACCCAGAGCCAGGAGGUUUCCAAUAUCCACAUCAAGGCUCUUGUUUGGUGGCAACAGCGGUGUGCCCCCGGCAACCUGGUCAUGUGCUCCACUCUCCCCGCUAUUGGUCACUUGAACAACUACAUUGCAAGCAUAUACACUUUGCUAGAGUCCAGCGUGGAAAGCUACUUCCGAACCUCGGAGAAUGCCCCGUGGCACGCCCCAAGCUGGCAGGGCUUACUCGAGUCUCUGAGCAUGUCUCUGCCGAAGCUUGAUCUAAUGCCCAUCAUGCAGGGUGGCUACCUCUUCUCUCUACACGUCUUUGUGGUGUACAAGAUGGAGGAGAUAGCCUCGGAUGGCGACAAGGUGACGUUCCUACAGGACCUGAGCCAGUUGCUGGAGAGUGUGAAGAGCACGCCUGUAACGGAACCACGCUUGGCUAUUGUGUGGGGUGUAAUCAUUUCACGUGGCUGUCAGGUCCUCCAAGUCAACCAGCAGGUGAAGAAGCCACUAUAUAUGCUCGCCCGGCAGCUACAGGCUGCUUCCACAAAAUCCGAGGGCUGGAGCGAUGGAUUGCUGGGCGCGAUUGGACUGAAAUCAGAGGUCAUCACCAACAGACGAAAAGUCCUAACCCGCUGCUUGGCCUGCGUCAUAUUCUCCCUGUUUCCGGCCAACCGAGAUCUUCGCUUGCCCUCGGAGGAGUACGAGAGCGCCAUGCGCGAGCUGUCCAUGCUCUUGGCCAACAAAAAGUUCUCGGAGGAGAAGCCCUCGAUAGUGCGGGCCGUGACCCUGCUGAAGGAGUCUGUCUUUCCUGAGCCGCGGUCGGUUUCGCACUUGGUGUGCCGGCUGAUUGCAAUAUUCUACGAUCAGAGCUUCUUGACAACCAUUCCGGAGGUCUGGGACUUCGACUUCAAGCUUAGCUCCACGUAGCUUAGGGAGCAGGCGACGAGGACUUCUCAUUCAAACAGCCAGUUGUGUUAUUUUCAGAGUGUUGAAUAUCAUAUAUCUAGGUUUAGGGUCAAUAAAGUGAUGUACUUGUGCAAUUUUGGAAAUUGCCAAGAAAACAUAA